AUGGGUAUUCCUGAGAAGGUGAGAUGCCAUAACAGGUUCGCCAUCCUGUCCGAACCAGAUGAGGACCAAGAUGAGAUGAGUGUCUCCAACGACAUGUUCUUCGACUGGGAUGAGUUGGAGAAGACUUGGAGUGCCAUGAAUGAGCCUUGGGACCUUCAUGAUUUCGCUUUCAUGGGGAGGUUCUCAUGGUCCGAUGAGUGCGAGAAGGGUGGGCAUUCGCAGUACCAUGCGAUUCGCAGCAUCAUGAGAAAGGCAAUCAAAAUGCAUGCGAAAAAGGAGCGACGACUCAUGCGACAGCAUGAGCAGAGCAAAAGCAGUGCAUUUUUCGAUUGGGAUGAGCUCGAUGCUGCCGAAGAGAAUGAGCUCAGCAAGCGAUCAAACUCAUGGUUUGAUUGGGACGAGCUGAGUUCUGCUGAGAGCAUGAGCAAG